CUUUAUUUAUUUUUAGAUCGAUAAAGAUGAAAUUUAUUUGCGACGAGUAAUUGGCGCCAAAAAAGAUCAAUACUUUUUAAAUAAAAAAGUUGUUCCCCGUACUGAAGUCGUAAAUUUAUUAGAAUCUGCUGGGUUCUCCAAUUCUAACCCAUAUUAUAUUGUAAAGCAAGGAAAAAUAAAUCAAAUGGCUACCGCAGCAGACUCAUACAGGUUGAAAUUAUUACGUGAAGUAGCUGGAACUAGAGUAUAUGAUGAGAGAAAGGAAGAAUCUCUUAAUAUACUUCGUGAAACAGAAGGAAAAUUGGAAAAAAUUUCAGAAUAUUUAAAAACCAUUGAAGACCGUUUACAGACAUUGGAAGAAGAGAAAGAAGAGCUAAAAGAAUAUCAAAAAUGGGAUAAAGCUCGGCGAAUCUUGGAAUACAUUAUUCAUGAAACUGAAUUAAAAGACACCAAAAAAUCAUUGGAGGAUAUACAGCAGCAACGAAAAUCUUCUUUUGAAAAAAAGAAAGUUUAUAAUAUGCAAAUCCAAAAAGCACAAGAAAAAAUUAAAGACAUACAAAAAAAUUUAAAAGAGGCAAAGAAAAAUGUGACAACAACUAAAGAGGAGCGUUCCAUUCUAUUAACUGAACAGCAACAAUUAUUGAGAGAAAAAACUAAACUAGAUCUUACAAUUGUAGAUUUGAACGAUGAAGUUCAAGGUGAUAACAAAUCAAAAGAACGUGCCGAUCAGGAAUUAAAAAAAUUAAAGGUUACAAUAACAGAAAAGGAACGUGAACUUGAAGAAGUAAAACCGAAAUACGAAGCGAUGAAAAGGAAAGAAGAGGAAUGUUCUCGAGAACUAUCACUUAAGGAACAAAAACGCAAAGAAUUGUAUGCAAAACAAGGUCGUGGAUCUCAAUUUUCUUCCCGUGAAGAAAGAGAUAAGUGGAUAAAUACAGAGUUAAAGUCACUUAGUAAACAAAUAAAAGAUAAGAUAAAUCACCAUUCUAAAUUAGUAGAUGAUUUAAAAAAGGACGCCAAUGCUGAAAAAGAUUUAGGUCGAAAAAUCGAAGAACAUUCUACAGAGUUGGAACAGCUUCGUCUUCAAAUAGAUGACCAUAACAAAAAAUAUUAUGAUCUUAAAAAAACAAAAGAUCAUUAUCAAGCUACACGUAACGAGUUGUGGAGAAAAGAAACAAAUAUGACACAACAACUACAAACUCAAAAGGAAGAACUUUCUAAAACUGACCAAGCGUUACGUAGUAUGGCUGGAAAACCUAUAUUAAAUGGUAGGGAUUCAGUACGUAAAGUUCUAGAUAGUUUUAUAGAAAAAGGACCUCCUUUUGCAGACAUAGCUAAAGCUUAUUACGGUCCAGUUAUUGAAAAUUUUAGUUGCGAUAAAACUAUAUACACUGCUGUUGAAGUCACUGCUGGAAACAGACUAUUUCAUCAUAUUGUUGAAUCAGAUAAGGUUGGAACACAAAUUUUAAAAGAAAUGAAUAAGUUAAAACUUCCUGGAGAAGUAACAUUUAUGCCACUAAAUAGGCUACAGGUAAAAAACCAUGAUUACCCUGAUGAUCCUGAUUCAAUUCCAAUGAUUUCUAAAUUAAAAUAUGAUGAACAACACGGAAAAGCAUUGUGUUAUAUUUUCGGAAAAACCUUAAUAUGUAGAAACUUGGAAAGAGCCACUGAGCUUGCUAAAAGUACUGGUUUGGAUUGUGUCACAUUAGAUGGUGACCAAGUUUCAUCUAAAGGUUCGCUUACGGGAGGUUAUUUUAAUACAUCACGGUCUCGCCUUGAAAUGCAAAAGAAAAGAACUGAAUUGACUGUACAAAUACGUGAUUUUGAAAAGGAACUUAAUAAAAUUAGGAAUGAGUUAAAACAAAUCGAAAAUAACAUCAAUGGUGUUGUUUCAGAAAUGCAAAAAACUGAAACAAAACAGGGAAAAUCUAAAGAUAUUUUUGAAAAGGUUCAAGGAGAAAUACGAUUAAUGAAAGAGGAAUUAGUUCGUAUUGAAAAAUAUCGUACACCUAAGGAAAGAUCUCUUGCCCAAUGCACUGCAAACCUGGAAGCUAUGAAUAGCACAAAAGCCGGACUAGAAGCUGAACUUAAACAGGAACUAAUGUCUACUCUUUCUGUACAUGACCAACGAGAAAUAGACCAACUUAAUGAAGACAUUAGAAAAUUAAACCAAGAAAACAAGGAAGCAUUUACACAAAGAAUGCAACUUGAAGUUAUUAAAAACAAAUUAGAUAAUUUGUUAGUAAACAACUUAUUUAGGCGAAGAGAUGAACUAAUUCAAGCUUUACAGGAAAUAUCGGUUGAAGAUAGAAAAAGGAAACUUAUAAAUUGUAAAAAUGAGUUAACUUCUACAGAAAAACGAAUAAAAAAAGUAAAUCAGGAUUUGGAAGAAAUAGAAAAAAGGGUACUCGAUGCAGUAAACUUACAAAAAUCUCUUCAACAAGAACUUGAAGAUUUUAUCAGAAAUGAAAAGGAAAUUGAAGAAAAAAUUAACGAAGAUUCCAAAAAAGUAGAGAAAUGGGCUGUGAAAGAAAAUCUACUACUUCAAAAAAUAGAUGAAUAUACCGAAAAAAUUGCAUCAUUAGGUGCAUUACCGCAAACGGAUCCUAUCUAUGCUAAAAUGAACUUGAAAAACUUAUUUAAGGAAUUGGAGAAAGCCAAUCAGCACCUUAAAAAAUAUAAUCACGUAAAUAAAAAGGCAUUGGAUCAAUUUUUGAGUUUUUCAGAACAGAAAGAAAAACUUUAUAAACGGAAAGAAGAGUUAGAUGUCGGUGAUGAAAAAAUUAGAGAACUAAUGCAAUCACUAGAAAUGCAAAAGGUGGAAGCAAUACAGUUUACAUUUAAACAAGUAGCAAAAAACUUUACACAAGUUUUCAAGAAGCUUGUUCCUCAAGGCGCUGGAUAUUUAAUUCUUAAAACCAAAGACAAUGACGGGGAUGAGCCUGACAGAGAAGUUGCGAAUUCAGAUGCUUUCACGGGUAUCGGAAUAAGAGUUUCUUUUACCGGGGUGGACGCGGAAAUGAGGGAAAUGAAUCAGUUAUCUGGAGGACAAAAAUCACUAGUUGCAUUAGCAUUGAUUUUUGCUAUACAAAAGUGUGAUCCAGCACCUUUUUAUCUCUUCGAUGAAAUAGACCAGGCACUUGAUGCUCAACACAGAAAGGCGGUUGCUGACAUGAUACAUGAAUUAAGUGAUAAAGCUCAGUUUAUCACUACAACAUUUCGUCCAGAAUUAUUGGAAAAUGCUCACAAAUUUUACGGAGUUCGGUUUAGAAACAAAGUUAGCCACAUUGAUUGUGUAACAAAGGAACAAGCGAAAGAUUUUGUUGAAGAUGAUAACACUCACGCAUAAGACACUAUAAUUUAUGUACAUUGUUGUGUCCCGUGGACAACUUUUUUGUAGGCAUACCUCUCAAACAAUGAGUACUAAUGUGAACGAGAUAAAAUAAAGCUUAUUCAGUUCCCUAUCAGCGUACAGUGGGCUCGAUGUCACCUAAAGUGGCGAUUAAUUCGAGCGAGCCGUAAUUUUAUUAUAUUUUAAUAUUUUUUAACAAAUCAGUAAAAAAAAAACAUUAAAAGGCAUCUUUGUAAAAAAAAAAAUA